AUGAGCGCGCAUCUCGACGAGGCAGCCGUGAGGGAGGCGACGAUGAUCAGGGAGAUCCCAAGACCGGAUGGAAAGGGUGAUAUCAAGUUGUUUGUGACGUCCUCCAACAAUGCUCCAUUGUCUGGUCCCGGGUUUGGCUACAAGACAGUGAAAUCCACGGGCGAGAUUUACUUCUACUACGAUUCCAACCGUUUCCCCGAGGGCCGGGAAAACGCACAGAAGUUGAUCGAUGAGAUGCCACGUCACCCGGAGAAAUUUAGCAACUGUGAGCCCAUCACGAGCAAUUUCGGAGCCGAUGAGAUAGCGAAUCCGGACAUGGCAACUCUGGAGAAACGACUGGAAUCCUUCCGUGACUGGCCGAGAGCUGAGAUGAAUUUCAGGAAAUUGGCUGAGUCAGGAUUCUUCUACGCUCCAAUACCAGGAUGCACUGACAGGUGCAUCUAUUACGCUUCGGGCAAUGCUCUUUUCAACUGGGACCCCAACGACGAUCCCUGGACAGAAUACAAGAAGUGGUACCCUAACUGUCCUUACGUCAAGAAGAAGGAGGCUGCUGCUAACAAUGGGAAAGGCGGCUCAGUGUUCAGCGGGUUGAAGAGCUUCUUCUCGGUCACACCGACCAAGGCCCAAGAGCAGCCCCCGGCACAACCUAUAAAUCUUUCCGAGAGAUGGCCUCAACACAUCAAAGAUGCUGAUCCCGCUGUGCGGUGGCGCAAGGUUCUCGAAUGGGAGAUAUCCAGAGAAUCAAAAGACAGGAGGGGAGCAGUUCAACCCAGCACUGACCGAAUUCUACAACAUGCUCAUCGGCAGCAGGAGAUUACCAACCAGUCGCUCGCGCAGUCGAAAAACAAACUUGCAGAGAUCGAGUCAGAAGCGAUUAAGGGGAUCGGUCAUAGCCCUUCCUCGGGUGACAAACAGACCAUUGAGGGCGCGACCGGGGGGACUGAUGAAGACAGCAGAUCAGUCGCUUCUUCUCCCAGCGUCACUUCUGCAUCUCUUAGUGAAGCUGUCGAGGGAUGGAAUUUGAGGGCGGAAAAGGAAGAAUGGGUCCGGGAAAAGGCUGUCUUUGUUGCCGUCAGGUCGAGAAGAGGCGGAAGGCAACUCAUGAAGCACGCCGCAGCGACGUGUGAUGGUGAUGGUUCGAUGCAGGAGCUCUCGGAGGUGGAGCAUCAUCUCAAGGCUGCGAUGGAUCAUUUCUUCGCCAAGAACUCGCAGAUGCUCGAUCUCGUGGAUGAGAGGGUCGAGAAGCUGGCGAGCGGAUACUCAAGAGUAGCAAAGCUCAUUACCAAGAGUAUGGACAAUGCAAUCAUGCAGAAGGAGGCGGGGAUAGAAGCCUUGAAGAGGCGUACUCAGCAGCAGAUUGAGCAGAGGGAGAAGGCGGAGUUGGAGCUCCGAAAGCUUGCAGACAAACAGGAUCAGGCAAGGGGAUGUUAG